AUGGAUUGGAUCUGGACUUUGCUUGUGUGUUUGGGAGUUGUGUUUCCUGCUGUGCCUGGUUCGGCUCAGGAUUCAUCCAGGACAUGGUUUCUGAUCUCGGGUCCAGAGGUGUUGCAUGCUAGGACACCCACUCCGCUGGCUGUCACUGUCCUUGCUGACUUCCCUGGCAGUGUGAUGGCUGAAGUGGCACAUGGCAACAUCAAAGUAGCCCAAAAAGAGGACUUCCAAGGAGGCUUGACGACCGUCCUCACACUCCCUCCUAUUCUUGACUCUAUACCCCAGGAUUCCCUCUUAAAUUUAACAGUCUGGGGCUACAAGGGGAAUGAUCUCAUUUUCACUAACACCACCAGCCUCAGAUUCAGCCUCAGGAAUGUCUUCACCUUCAUUCAAACUGACAAAUCACGCUACCAACCAGGCAAUACCGUCAAAGUCAGAAUUGUGUCCGUUCAGUUGGAUAACCGUCCAUAUGAAGGCAGAGUGGAUAUCUCUCUACAGGAUCCCAGUGGGAACCUUGUUGACAGGUGGGAGUCCACAGGGAAUCUGGGGAUUGUGUUGCGGGAAUUCAGUUUAUCGCAGACGCCUCCUCUCGGACAGUGGGCGAUUACAACCACAGUGAACGGUGUGACUGAUAAGAGAGCCUUCACUGUGGAGCAUUAUGAGCAUCACUUUAAAGUACUGCUGAAGACGCCUGCUCAGGUCCUGGUUGGAGAUCAUAUUUCAGGAUCAGUGAGAGCGCUGUAUCCCAGUGGACAACCUGUGCAAGGAACACUAGAUGUUUCAGUUACAUUGGCGUCUGUUAUGCACACUGCAGCUUCUUCGCCCAUGCAAAUACAGACUAAAGAGAUCUAUGGGUCAACACAGUUUUUCUUCAGCAAAGAUCUGCUUGAAGCCCUUCACGCUUUAUCAGAAAUUAGCAGUGGUGUCCAGCUACAUGUUGCUGCCUGUGUUACUGACAACUCCACAGGACUUAAAGUGAACAAAACAGUCGAGGUCCACCUUAUGAAGAACACAUUUCAGCUUGCGUUCCAUGAUUUUCCACCUACACUAAAGCCAUCUUUAAACUUCUCUUCAAAACUAAGGGUCUCUAGAUAUGACAGAAAGCCACUCAGCUCAGUGGAUCUGAUGCAUUCUGCUGUGAUCAAAGUCACUCAGAGAACCUCCACGAUGAAUGCUAAAACUACAACUCUGACACUGCCAGUGCCUGAGGACGGGAGCAUCCACAUUAAGUUUGAAUUACAGGAUCAAGUAGCGAUGCUUUUUAUUCUGGCAAGAUUCCAAUCCACUGAGGAAACUCUGAUUGUCUACAGCAAUUACUCCUCUCCUACUGGCUCAUAUAUUCAGAUCUCCCCAGUGAACACCUUACCUGCACAGAUUGGAUUGCCUCUUCAACUAGACGUGGAGAGCACAUUUCAACCAACUAAGCUUCACUUUGUGGUGAGCUCUGGAGGUCAAGUGGUGGCCGCUGGGACAAAAACUUCCUCCUCUUUUUCUCUGACGCCAACAGUGUCCUGGUCCCCCGAGGCCUGUGUCACUGUAUACUGCAUCCUCUCUGACGGAGAGGUCACCAGUGACACAGCAUACAUACCCAUCAACCAUCACUAUGUGUCUUUAAAUUGGAGCAGUGUCAAAGCCCAGCCAGGUGAGCACGUAUCGCUCACUGUGACUACUGUCGAAGCCAAGUCCCAGGUAGGAAUCGUGGUAAUGGGGUCACAUGGUGAUGCUCCCCAGGCUGACCUCAACUUGAAAGUGGAGCCGGAAUGUAAUAUUAGGAUGCUGACCAAUGCCAGACUAUAUAUAUAUAAGAAACGGCAGCCCGAUGGACCCAAAAAUGAAGGAGAUUCCCUCAUGGUAGAGAAGUACUGGAGCUACUGGAUGGAAGCCACUGAAUCAUUGCUGUGGUUAGACAAUAGUGUUAGUGAUAAGUCAUGGACCACUGGGAAGAUAACAGUGCCAGAUGGUGUUACUUCUUUGAGAGCUGUUGCACUGGUGAUGUCAGACAACCUGGGUUUGGGCUUCACUCCUCUGCCACAAAUGUUGAGCGUGUCCAAAGAUUUUUCAAUGUCUCUGGAUGUGCCAUUGCACCUCAUCAGAGGAGAGGAGAUUGUGCUGGAUGUGAACAUCAUCAACCAUUUAGAGCACGAGAUAGAGGUCAUUGUGCUGCUAGCACAGAGUGAGGACUUUAAGUUUGUUUUGACAGACAGAGGGGAUGUCUCUGUGGUAAAUGCCCAAAAACUCACUUUAGGAAGUCAUGUGUCUGCUUCGGCGCUGUUUCCUGUGAGGCCUGUGACUCUGGGCGUGAUGGAAAUAUCUGUGGACGCCGUAUCUUCAGAGGCCACAGACAGCCUUGUUCGGAGAGUGCUUGUGAAGCCUGAGGGAGUUGAACAGUCCUUCUCACAGACUCUUUUCCUGGAGCUGGCACUAGAGAAACAAAGCAGUUCCAGCUCCGUCUCCUUCUCCUUUCCACCAGAUGUGGUACCGGGCAGCCAGAGGGCCCAUGUGGCAUUGGUUGGUGAUGUCUUGGGCUUGUCCAUCAGCAACUUGGAUUUGCUGGUUCAGCAACCGAUUGGCUGUGGGGAGCAGAACAUGAUCCACUUCGCUCCAAGUAUUUAUGUUCUCCAGUAUCUGGAUGCAUCGGCCCAGGACAACAAGGAGAUCAGGAGCAGGGCUCUGGGCUACAUGAUGGAAGGAUAUCAGAGACAACUGUCCUACCAACGAUAUGAUGGUUCAUUCAGUGCUUUUGGAGCCAGUGACUCCUCAGGUAGCACAUGGUUGACAGCCUUUGUGCUGAGAUGCUUCCUCCAGGCUCAGGCCUACAUCCCGAUAGACCAGAGUGUCCUCACCAUGGCCAGUAUUUGGCUCCUGAAACAGCAGGGGCCUCAAGGAGAGUUCAGUGAGAUGGGCAAGUUGAUCCACACGGAGAUGCAGGGAGGACUGGAUAAUGGUCCAGUGGCACUCACUGCCUAUGUACUGAUAGCACUGCUGCAGGACGAGAGCUAUGUGGACAUGUACGCAAGUAAUGUGUCCCUGGCCCAGAAGUACCUGGAGGACAAAGUGUCCAGUGGAAGGGUCAGUAACUACAGCCUGUGUCUAGUGGCGUAUGCCUUAGCUCUGGCCAAUAGGCCUGUGGCUGGCAUCGCCCUGGAUGAGCUCAACAGGAGAGCAGACUACAAAGAUGAAGUUGGGAUGUGGAGCUCCUCAGCUGGCCUGGAGUCACAUGACUGGCAGCCGCGCUCAGCACAGAUCGAGAUGGCCUCUUAUGUGCUGCUGGCUCUUUUUAAGCGCGGCAGCUUUGUGGACGGCUUUGUGCUGAUGAAAUGGUUGAGCAAGCAGAGAAACCAUCUAGGAGGCUUUGGGACGACACAGGACACAGUAGUUGCCCUCCAGGCUCUCUCCUCCUAUGCUGCCUUCAGUGGUUCCAGCGCCAUUGACCUCAGACUCAACAUAUCUUCCCCAACAUUUGUGUCACAAUUUUACAUCAACAACUCCACCUAUCUGACGUAUCAGAGCCAAGAGAUUAAUACUGACAAAGAUCUAAACCUAAAUAUAUACAUGGAAGGAAAAGGAUUUGCAAUAAUUCAGAUGAAUAUCUUUUACAACCUGGAGAGCGAAGCAUUUUUACAGAACCUCCAGCAUGCCACAGACCAUGAGGCUUUCUCGCUGGAUGUGGAACUUACUAAAGAAAGAGACUACAAUCACAUGCUGUUGUCUAUAUGCACAAAAUUAAAGGACAAUCAGGGGAUACCUCUCACAGGCAUGGUUAUAUUGGAUGUGGGCAUGCUCAGUGGUUUCAGUCUCUCUCCUGGAGCUGCCGCCCUAUCAGAUCUUAUCAGAAAGGUGGAGAUAGUUCCUGAGAAAGUCAGCCUCUACCUAGAUUCACUUAACAAAUCAGAGGUUUGCAUCAGACUUCCAGUCGUCAGAGAUUCCAAAGUGGCCCACAUACAAGAUGCCGUGGUGCAGGUUUACGACUACUACGAACCCACGAGAAAAGCAAUGAGAACAUACAACUCAGAUGAUCUGCACGACAUGAACUCCUGCUUCUUCUGUGGGGAGGACUGUGACCGCUGCAGGCCAGGAAUCGCUAUUGCAGUGUCCUCCCCUCUGUUAUCGCGCUCUAUAAGCAGCGCCACCUACAGCUUGAUUUGCCUGUUUCUUGGAGUCCCUGCCUUUUUUAUUGUAGUCUAAUUAGAAUGAAUUAUACCUAAGAUAUAAUAAUUAGAUGUGAUGAAUAUACUUGAGACUAUGAGACAUCAUUUUAGCAUGUACACACAUUGUUUUACACAAUGUUAUUCUUCUUUUAUAAUUUCUUGACAAAUGAUGUAAUGUGAUAUUUAGAGGCCUGUUUGCAUGCUGCUCUUUUGCUUAGUGCACAGAUUUUAAUUUUUUUUGGACAGAAUGUGAAAUUACUGUCUUUGGAAACCAAUCUCUUCAAAUUAAUUUAUCUAGUCAGCCUACGACUGGGUUUGAUACUUUAGAAAACAAAUAAAAUAUAUUUUUUUUAGUUCAUGAAACCUACCA